UGUGAAAUGAGAAACAAUCUCAAAUUAUCAGUGUUCACAGUGUAUGGCAAUAGCCAAGUCUCCAGAUUUUAAUAGUUUAGAAGCGAUAAUUUCCUUUCAAGUUGUUUUCUUCUUCACAUUCGUUUUCCAUCAAGCUCUACUGAAUUCGUCUGGCACUUCAGCGACGUACAUUGAGAAAUUUUUUUCUCCCCAACGUUUAGUGAGAAAAGGAACGAGCUGAAUCGAAGGUUAGCACUACGUAAUUUGAAUGAAUAUAUCAAACGAGUUCCAUCGUCUUAACAUCGACAGUCGACAGUAACAAAGGCUCGAAAGGAGACUAAUACAGCUGUACUAUCGGUCGAGAUAUUGGCUCAUUAAAAAGUGCCCUUUGUCGAGUGUCAGCUAGAAAUUCAUUCGUCGCAUGCACGUCACAGGAAUUUUUGGUGCGGCCUUCACCUCAGAAAGAGAUCCAACAUAUAGUAGCCACUAAGCUACACUUUUUGUUAUUUGAAGGAGAUUGUAUGAUCGUUUUCAUGCCAUUUUUAUCUUCGCCUUGCUCUUCCUGAACUUUCUACCUCCAUAUCACUUCCAUGAUAUUUGGCAAUUUGUCACCGUCCCAGACUGCCUCCUCGUUCGAAAUCUCUGUGAGAGUCUGGUGAGAAGAUCACGAUGGAGUCUCUUCGUCCAAAUCGGCAACUAUUGAAUCCAAAAUUUGAAGGUUAUAAACUAGCUUUGGACCCCCUGACACUGUCGUCCACUAGAUUACUUUCUUCAGUGAAUAAUGUACCGCUCAGAGAGGAGUCGUUUUCCCUUCAACACAUUCGAGCCUUUGGAAAUCAUAACCAUCUGGUGAUUGACUCUUGGACUGAUGGCGGGAAAACUGAAGUUGUUUAUUUCGUUAAUGAAGACUACGAAGUUCAAAGGGCAGUUGUCAAAGACACAGAUGUUUCAUCCAUUGAUACAGUAUUCAAAACACCAGCAGUAGAAAAAACUGAAGAAAGCUUGAACUCAACACUGUUUCUUCCUUCACAAUCUCUGGCUUGUUUGUGUGAUGGGAGUGGGAAACUCUACUUGCUGCAAACAGGUGACAGAAUAGGAGAUUGUUCUCAGAAUACAAGUUGGAAGGUAGGCUCAGUUUACCAGUUUGACCAGCCAUCUUUGAUCCUUCAUGCUGUUCAAAGCCCAGAAACUGGAUGUGUCAGUUGCUUGUUAUUGAGUAUCACCGAAAAUGAUGCUUCUACGUCAGUGAAAGAUGCUCACAAUGUUCAUUUGGAGUUGAUCACCUUUUCACAAGUGAAUUGCUCAGCCACAGGUUCCAUAAGUUACAGUUGCGAGAUGCUGCAACAGUUCAGAGGUCACAGUGCACCAGUGUAUGCUGGCAUUGAGUGUGGUGGUACAGCUAUUUUGGUGGCAAGUGAAAGACCAUUUUCUCUGGUGAAAGGUGACAGCGAGGAAAAGCCAUCAGGGUCAUUUAACUCUGCAGAUGAUGGUAUGGCUGAGAUAAAGUCCCACAGUUCUUCAGCAAUAGUAUACAAAUGGUCACAGGAUAGUGAAGAUGUCACUGUAAAAUUUAUUCUACCAGAUGGCACCAAGAAAGAUGAUAUAGCUUGUAAUGUAACAGCAGAUUCUGUGGACCUUCAAAUUGGGAAAGAGAUUUUGUUGAGUGGUCCUCUUUUUGCAAAAGUAAAUUCAGAGGAAAGCACAUGGACAGUCGAGGAAAAUAGUUUGGAACUGAUACUUGUGAAGCAGGUUCAAGAACACCACUGGAGCAGUGUUGUUCAAGGUGAUGACCGAGGUGUCUAUGAGCUGGUAGGUGAGGAGGCACAGAGAGUGGAGGAGAUUCACAAUAGACUGGAACACCUCACAUCAGACAAAAUGGUGGAAAAGUCACGGGCAACUAAGAUGUCAUUUAGUAAUGAUGAAUUUGAAGAAUGUGAUGCUUUCCCAGAGGAUAUUGAAUAUAUUUUUCGGUUGGAUGUUAAAACUGGAGAAUUAACACACAAGGUUUGUUUAGCAAGUCAUCAGUGGAUCUUCAAUGCAUCACUUGAUAAGAGUCUUCCUCCUGCCUUCUGCAUACGUCAUGAUGUUGAUGCCCUUGUGUGGCAGCCCAAGGCACACUCAGACAGUGAGGCUAACUGGAUUCACACCGGAACAUUUAAUGCUUUAGGUUAUGUCCAGGCUGCUAAAAGGGAUCGCAAGUUCUCCACAUGCGCCCCAGAUCUGUCCUAUGCUGUGAUAUGCGACAACACAAGACAUGUUUAUGUUUACCAACAACCUGUAGGGAGUGCUAAACAUGCCAAUCAACAAGUUGUAACAUUGACAACUCCUGACAAUGAAAUCCUUGGGCUCCAAGCAUCUAAUAAUAGGAUUUUUGUCUUGACUAGACAAGCUGUGCAUGUUGUGACAGUCAAGUAGAAUGCUAUGUCAAAUAUUAAGAAAUUUCAAAUUAGCUUUAUUAAUAUAAUUCACAUACUGGUAGUCUGUAUUUCCAUGAAUAAGUGCCCACACUCUAAUAAGUGCUCACCCCUCUGCCAUAAUGUCAAAAAAGCACCACACCCCCUCAAUUUUUUUAAAUAGCAAGGACACACAGAAAACCUGUUUUCCUUACCACUUAAUAACUUUUAAGCUACAACUACAGCUGGAAUCAGUAAAAGAAAAAGAAUUUCUUUUAUGUUAAGUCACUUCCAGUCCUUUCUAUCAUCAUGUGCUUUCAGAGUUCCUUAAUGUGAGUUGUCUUUUUUUUCCUCUUGCGGUGCUAAUUUAAUAAGUACCCUCCUUGAAUAAAUGCCCUCCUUCCAAUGAGCACCCUCCCUUUUAGCCAAAAUUUUAAAUAAAAGCCUGGGCACUUAUUUGAGGAAAUGCACUUUUUUUAUUUGGAGUUUUUAGUUCCUUCUAUUGUUGGAGGAGACUUGUAAAAAUAGAGCCAGGUGACUUAUGAUGGGAAAAUAGUUUUAAAACAAUGAAAGUGGAGAUUAACAAUGGGAAAGGUCAAAUAGUAAUUUUUGUACCAAUUGAUAUUCCAUGAGGUGGCUCUUGUUGUCCAGUGUUUCCAAAAAGAAUUGGAAAUUAGAGUGUUGGUUUUUGUGGAGAGGAAAACCAAAGAACCUGGAGAACAAACCCUCGGAGCAAAGACAAGAACCCUUGACAAACUCAAUCCACAUGUGGCACAAAGUCUGGGAAUGAAACCUGAGCUGCAGCAACGGGAGCAGAGCACACUAUCACUACAGCACCACACCCACUUCCUGUUUCUUUGUCAAAAUUGCACAAAAUCUUAUGACAGCAGAAUAUCUUUACAAAUGAAAUGAACAAUGUCAACCUCUUUAUUUCUUGUAUCUCCAUUAAAAUUGUCUUUCCUUAAAUAAUUUUAAAAUUAUUAAAAUAUUAAAACUGUGUCACUGUGCAUGAACAAGUUUCAAAUGCGAGAUAUUUCUGAUGAACUGAUGGUAGCACCAAGAAGCAAUGACAACCCUUUCAUCUCAAGGUGGGAUCAUUUCAUACAUUCUCUACAACAUUUUAACCCACUUUCAAACAAACAGCAAAAGAGAAUUAAGAAAAUCAUCUCAUUGGAACAUUGUCUCGAUAUAUAUUAAAAUUCUCACUAACAACCAAUAAAGAAAUGUGUGGCUACCAGUAAAGAGAAUCUGCUCUAGAUAUUGGGAGUGAAAAGGUUUAAAGAGAAAAUCAUGGAGCUCUUGAUUUUCCCUUCAUUACGAACUUUGUAGAUAUUCAACUUUAUGUAUUGGAACUUUUUGAUACUACAUGUGAUUAUGGUCUCUUGUCUCUUCAUAAAGAUGACCAUAGUAUUAAUUUCUGGCAAAUAAUAUAUACCAAUGAUACUUAAUAUCUUUACUACAUGAUGUAAGUACCUAAUUAAUCAAAUAAACACUUAGUUCUUUUGGCUCCCAUCUUGCCAAUAUGUUAACACUGGUCUUUCAUUGUGCAAGUGUAACUGAUAACAAUAUUAUCAUACAGAAAAUAACAAAAUGUUGAUUUUC